AUGAUAUCUGAAAUUGACUUACUUAAGCAGAAAAACACUAGACUUAUGGUUGAGAAUACUAAGUUUAAGGUCAAGGAAAUACUUCGUGCUGAACCUUACAGAUUCCCUGAUGGACCAGCAAGAAGGGUCGCAACGUUAGUUGAUAGUUUGAAUAGAAAAAGGCUUCUUAGUCAAGAACAAGCGUUAUCAUGUGAUCAAUUUCCAACGGAGAUUCGUCUUUGGGAUGAUCUUUUCGAAGAAGUUAAUAAGUUUCACUUUGACAAUGAACCGAAAUUUGAAAGGCCACAAUUUGGCAACUUCCGGUCUUGUAUUAAUGAAGAGGAUAUUCGCAAUGCUUUUUAUUACAAUAUUUGUCAAGUUUUAAACGUCCUUUUGCCGGACUAUGAAUUUUCGAGACAACCAGUUCCUAUCGCUGGUAUACCGGAUUUUUCUGCCAUGUUUGCUGCAUAUGAAUUUAUCGCGUCAAUCGAGAUCAAGAGGGAGCACGUUUUACAAUUGUUAUUAUUGGAUGGUGAACAAACAUUCCUGUAUUUUGAUGAAACGAACGAACGUUAUGAAAUGAACGAACAUGCAAGAGAUGUUAUUCGACAGACUUUUACCUAUAUGGCAGAAGCUCAACUUCAGUAUGGCGUGUUAUCAACCUAUCAACAUCACUGGUUUCUGCGCCGACCAGCUGAUGAACCAUCAGUACUUUAUAUUUCAAAGACCCUUCUAAUACAGUCUCAAUCACCACCGGUCCUUAAAACGUAUGCAUAUAUGGUUCAGGUUUUAUGUGCAGAUUUCUUUUCUAGAAAUCCUGUUGUAACUACUGAUAAAAGAAAAAGACAGUCAGUCUCCUAUUCCGAAUCAACUACUAAAUCAACUAAGAAGGGAAGAACAACAGUCAUAGCUUCUAAGAAACCAUAUUCUAGUACAAACGAAAAAAGGCAGACUCCUCCUAUUCAGAAUCUUAGCUUUGCAGAUUUCAAAUAUAAGAGUAUAUUAGGCCAAGGACGAAGUGGGAAGACACUCCUAUGUGAAUUCCGUGGAAAUACAAUUGCUUUGAAGUGUGCUGACCUAUCAAAAACCCCACAUAUCUUGAAAGAAAUGCAACAAGAAGUCAAUAUUUAUAAAAUUCUCUCUGAUAUUCAAGGAAUUCAUAUUUCAAAUUUGUUGUGUUAUGGCUUUUACGAACGGCAAAGAGUUAUGGGUCUUCUUGCAUUAAAUGCAAUUCACGAUAGAGGUGUACUUCACAAUGAUAUUCGCGAGGAAAAUAUUUUGCUUGAUGAUACUAAUGAUGUUGUUUACUUAAUUGACUUUGGGAUGGCAAGAUAUCAUUGUGAUGCUAAGAAAAGUUGGAGGUUGUUUGAUGAAGAGAAACUUAAAUUGACUCGUUUGCUUGAUCAUUAUACUUUAUUAGAUAGUGUAAUUGUUAUUGAGUGA